UGGACUUCAGUACGCAGGCUCAUGACCUGGCGACGCGGGAAAAUCAGAAAAUGUCCAAGUCGUGAAUUCCGCGAAUGUUUUUGAUAUAAACCCGUAUUUUUUAGACCAAGAUGGGAAUACAGGGGCUACUACCGUUCCUAAAGGAUGCCAGCACCCAAGUGAACGCGAAAAUGUUCGCAGGCUACACGGUUGCAGUAGAUGCAUAUUGCUGGAUUUACCGUGGAGCGUUUGCCUGCGCCAUGGACCUGGCGAGGGGUGAGAAGUCGGACAUGUACGUGCGGUUUGUGCUGAAGUACGUGAACAUGCUCCUGUCCCACGGCGUCAGACCCGUGCUCGUGUUUGACGGGUGUAACCUGCCGUCCAAGCAGGGCGUGGAGGACUCGCGCAGGGAGAGGAAACAGUUGUACCUGCAGAAGGGAAAACAGUUCCUAAGGGAUGGAAACUCAGCACAGGCCAGAGAGUGUUUCCAGAAGUGCAUCAACGUGACACCACAGAUGGCCCAUGAGGUGAUGGAGGCGUGUCGUGCCGUCGGCGUGGACUGUAUCGUGGCGCCGUACGAGGCCGACGCCCAGCUGGCAUACCUCAACAAGUGUGGGAUAGCUCAGGCCGUGAUCACAGAGGAUUCGGAUCUCUUGGCCUUUGGCUGUGAUCGUGUGAUCUUCAAACUGGAUCUGAACGGCAACGGGAUGAUGAUCGAGAAACAUCGCCUGUCUCAGUGUCUCAAAAUCAAGGCUCAAAACUUCACCUUCGACAAGUUUAGGUACAUGUGUAUACUGUGUGGUUGUGAUUACCUUCCAUCAUUACAUGGUAUCGGUCCCGCCAAAGCAGCAAAACUCCUCUCUCUGACCAACCAAUCCGACAUGACGAAGGUCCUGCGUAAGAUCGGAUCCUACCUGAAGUCCAGUAUCGUGGCGCCGGCAGAAUACAUCGAGGGGUUUGUUAAGGCAGACAACACGUUCUUGUACCAGCUUGCUUUCGAUCCCAUGAAGAAAGAGGUUGUACCACUACACGAGUACCCACCAGGCAUAACUGCAACAGACAUGCCGUACGCAGGGGAGUAUAAACCACUAAAGCUUGCCCUUGGCAUGGCACUGGGUAACAUAGACAUCCAUACAGGAGACACUGUAGGGGAUUUCAACCCACUCACUUACAAACAACCCCCUUCUGCUACAUGGCAGGGUCCGAAAAAUGUUACAGCAAGCACGCCACGACAUAAGCUCAGUAUGUGGCACCCAGACUACAAGACUGGACCAAAGUUCGGCACUCUGGAUCUGAAAGAGGUGAAGACUGCGUUUACUAAAGGAAAAGAAGUGACCGUCCAAGCACCAACUUUCCUGAAAAAGCCUGAAGCAAAACCCGUGGAGUCUACAGACGUAUGCACUGACAGCGAAUUGGCUGCUAUGUACGGCUCGCCACCUAACUCAACCAAGAGAGAGAGGAAAACUUGUGUGCCAGACAAAAGUGGAAAUUCUAAACUCAGGAAAAGGUUGUCUGUGAUCAGACCAGGUAGUUCUGCAGACUCCACCAGUGGGUCUAUAGUUGUCAGCAGGCAUUUCCCAAACUCCUACCAGCAAGCUGUGAAAGACCUUCAAAGUAAGAGAAACAAUUCUGAGGACAAGCAAGACACAUUGUUAGAUGUGAUUGACAAAGACUGUGCUUCAGAGGACCCUUCAAAGUCGGUAGAUGACAUCUUUAGUGAGGAGAAAGAAGAAGACACCAGUUUGGAAGAAAAGACGCCAUCUUGGAAGGGGAAACUGCAGAUCUUCGAAAGACAAGGGAAGAUGGGGAACCAUACUGACAGCAGUCCAAAAGCAGAGAAGAGGAAAAGAGAUCUUUCAGAAGAUGAAGAGGAGAAAGAGACAAGUAGCCCUGAAAAUGAGCCAAGCCUUGGCACGUCAGAACCAUCUGUGGAUAGUAGCUUAGUGCAUACACUUAGCAAACAAAAUGAGUCGCUCAGUCAAGUGCCACAGAAAGGAACUCCUAAGAACCCAUUCAGAGUUGCCACCCCAAAACAAGGCAGUGCUUUCAGUUGGGGAAGGUCUUCAGAAAAACACAUCAGCCUCAAGACUUCUGUCUCAAGCCUUGGACGGUUUAAAUAUGCCAGUGUGUCAGAAGCUAAAAGGAAGAAGACCUCACAAGUAGAAGUAAACAAGAUGACAAGCUCACAAGAAGAAGUAAACAAGACAACAAGUUCGCAAGAGUUGAACGCUGGAUCAACAGAGGAAGAAUCACUGACAAAAUCACCAGUUGACAAUAGCUCGUUGAAACCAUUGCCAGUAGAAGCAAGUUUCAGUGGUUUUGAUAACUGUUCGGUGUAUUCCAUGGAUAACUUUACCCCAACAGACAGCCAGAACUCAGGAACGACAAGCUUCUCACAGGGAUCUCAGUACUUCACUGCAUCAGAAGGGAAUAACAGUCAGGUUUCCACUGCUGAAAUGUCCCAAACUUCAGAAGACACAAGCAAAGAAGACAUUGCCCAAAUCAAAGUCGAACCACAACAGGCAGUUUCUAGUCAACAAGGCGAAGGAAGUAGGGAAGAAAAGGCCAUUGAAAGUUUGACCAGGGAAAAACAAAUGGCUAGAAGCUACAAUGUUUCAGAGCAAGUGUCGUCAUACUUUGGAAAGACACCAUUGCCCAGCAUGGUUCAUACUGCCCCGGAACAGAGAGCUGUGGUGCAGGACAUGGGAAGGAGAGCUAUGGAGGAUGGUGUCAGUACACCAAGGGUGGUGAAACCAAGCAGAGGUAAAUCCCGGCAGGUGGGGCUGUCAAGACGCUCCUGUCCCAGUCAGACCAAGAGGAAGACCAACAAUGAGAACAGCAGUACUCAGCCUAAAAUCAGCAACUUCCUACAGACCUUCAGCUUCAAAAAAGGGUCCAGCCAGAAGAAUAAAGAAGAACCCGUCAGAAAACCCAUGUCCCCGUCCAAGAGUAACGUGGUGUUAGAGUGCACCCCGGAGACUGAACCCGGUAUUGCAGCCAGCCUGAACGCAGCCAAAGUCAAACGCAACAUUUUUGAUGGAUAGUAGAUUUUACUGGAACAAAGUAGUUUAAUUUUUUUAAACUCUUUUUGUUAAGUGACUACAUGAAUGCUUAAUCCAAUUAGGUGCUAGUAAGUUUCAAAAUAGUCCUGAAAAAAUUAGGAUCGGAAGGUAGGGAUUAUCUUUUUUCUUUCUUUUUAUUUAGACUUCAGUGAUACCUAUAUAGUGAUCCAACUUAUACAAAACAAUGUAAAACUUGCAUCAGGACACUUUAUUUUCAAUGUCAGUGUUAGUAAACCAAUGAAACAGGAAACACAACAUUUUUGUCCUAGGUCUAACCAGCCAGAACCAAUCAGAAUUGUUGAAAAACCAGAAAACAAUAUUUUUCUUUUCUUACAUUUAAGUAACAUUCAUAUGAGUAUUGUGUGAGACAAAGUUGUCAGUAUUGCAAUAAAGUUAUCAUUUACUUUUGAUCAUAUUUAAGUCAAGAACAAUGAUUAAAAACAUUACAUAGUGAAUCCUUGCUAGCAUGAAAAAUAAAGGACUACCUUUUGCA